CGGGAUUUGGUUGCAUGAUUCAAUUUAAAGCUUCGGUCUCCAUCGUGACGCACCAAGCCAUGUUUUGGAUUGUCGCCCUGCUUUUGAUAAACGGGAGACUCGAAUAUGCCGCGAGAAGGAGACUCUGCAGCGUCACGCGACGAGCAAAGAUAUUCCGAUGGCGGCCUGUCAUAUCAAUUGGCGUGGGUGGUCUGAAUAACGGCGGAGUCCACGACCAACAUGAGGGAAGUACUGUCGCACACCCUUAGCUGGACUGAAAGAAAGAACACGUCUAUCGCUAUGUAGAGCCUGAAGCCGUAAUAUUGUAUACCAUGUCCCUGAAUAGAAUGAAACAAAGUAUUCGAAGGUAACGGUAAAGAUGAAGAAUACACUCCAAAGACAACAAGGCUGGAUAUCAAGAAGGGGCUAUAACUGUUAGGGUACAGUAGGUUGCUGUAAUGGUGUUGGAGAGCUCGGAGAAUUGGAUUGGAGACUGGAUGGGUGCAACUUGAUGGUGUUGGAGCAGCCGUGGGAAAUAAUGAGUGGACAGCACCGUGACCCGUUAAAGGGGCACCCCUGCGUUGCUCCUGCGCAGUGUGCACCAGUACCCCACACUGACAUCAUCGCACCGCUCCCUGCAGUUAUAAAAGACACAAGGUCCAUAUUACAUUGUAUUCAGUUUUCCCCGUUACACAAACAUUACACAAACAUUAUGUGGUUCACGCACGAUUCUGAAGAGUCUAAAGCACACUCGGAGGUGACUGGCGGACACAGCGCCAAACUGAGCCAUGAGCUCCUUGCCGCUGCUGCGUCAUACGAGGCUGCAAAAGCGUACGAGAAACAUGUCCAGAAGAACGGAAAACCCGCAAACCACGCGAAGGCCGUAGAGCUGCUCGCGGGGCUGACGGGUGGCUUUGUUGACCGCAUUGCAGAGACCAAGGGAAUGGACGCACUUGAUAAGGAAAAAGCCAAGCAUGCAGCACAUGAACGAGCUAAAAGCUCCCUCGAGAAACAUGGAGAAUUUUGAAUCAGCCAUAGUGACAGGUUGAAUGUACACGACGGACUGGGUAGCACGAUGUACAAUAUAGCUUAAAUUUAUCGCUUAGUGGAUCGGAUCAUCGAAUUCCAGAAUGUGUAACCUAUGAUCCUACAAUAACGGAGUUAAAACCACGUUGGAACACAUUACACUCACCAAUUUAGCACUACCGGGUUUGAAACCAUUGUCCAUCCACGAUAGCGGAGGACUUUCAAGUUAACGUUGAACACAGCA